AUGGGAAAUGGUAUAUAUCGAUUAUGGAUCUCAAUUAUAGGACAAAUUGGCAUAACGGUAAUAACUAUUCGUUUACUUCUCAUUUUUGUCACAAAAAGUAGCCAAUGGAUAACUUGUUUUGGUUUAGACUAUCUAAUUGCUGUUUUGAUUUCACUUUAUUAUUCACUAACAGCAUGUAUUGCUAUUGAACGUACAGUUGCUGUUUAUACACAUUUAUUAUUCAAUAAAAUGCAAAGUCGCAAUGUUGCAAAAACCAUUAUUCCAAUAUUAAUCGUGUAUCAUUCUUUAAUCGCUAUUCAUGAAUUUUUUCAACGUCGUUUACUUUCUGAUCGUCAUUUUUCAGAUCACCGCUGGUGUUCACUAUAUUACAAUACUCCUAAUCGAAGUAUUUUUAUUAAGUUUACGAAUGUUUUUCAUCUUCUAUUCCCAUAUUUGAUAAAUCUGAUCACACCAAUAUUAAUGUUUACUAGAUUAACAAGAGAAAAAGCAACAAUAAACCAAAAUACUACGACAUGGUCCAAUUUCAUAACUGUUCUAAGCACAUAUAAGUACAAUGUGAUCAGUCCCUCUAUUAUUAUUAUAUUGACAACUCCUCGUAUUAUUCUUACAUUUUUUCUUACAUGUAUUACAUAUUCAUGGCAGAAUACAAUGUAUCUUAUUGUUUACUUUCUAUCAUUUGUACCACUCAUGACAUGUCUUUUUAUCUUUGUCUUUCCAUCAUCUAAAUUUCGAAAAGCACUUCGACAAUUUUUCCAAGGUGCCAUUAGGUAUAGAUCUGUUCAACAAUACACUUGA